UUAGUUUGACAAAGUGUUUUAAUAUCUUGCCUUUUUUUGGCUCACUGGGCACAAUUAUAGAAAAUUAAGUAAACUAAGAUAUAUCAUCUCUAAAAGAAGGACCAAAUGUACCCAACAAAUGCUAAUAUCCCAUGUUACAAAACACACCUUCAAAGCUGCUCUAAAACCACCCAGUGGGCGUGCGGAGGCAGCUCUGUCGCUCAGGUCUCGGGGUGAGAGUCAGUGUGACCGGUGGAAGAGAGGACGGCGUGAGGCUGGUGGACACGAGGUGCAGCUGUACGCUUGUGGAUGUUUGAGUUUUGGGUUCGAACAACUUAAUGGUGGAGCAGUUUUCUCUGAGAUGGAGCAGUGAAGGGGAAGCCAUGAUGCUGAGGCCGGCUCUGCCCAGACCUCGAAGACCUGCUCUACGAGGAGCCGGUUACCUCUUUCGUGCCCAGUCCUCCUCCUUCCUCUCCAUGACAGAGGAACUUUUCUUAGAUGCUGCAGAAUACGGCAACGUUCCAGAAGUGAGGCGGAUGCUGGAGGAGCUUCCACUUCUCAACAUCAACUGUGUGAACUACAUGGGCCAAAGUGCAUUGCAGCUGGCAGUGGCCAACGAGCAUUUAGAGGUGACCAAGCUCCUGCUGAGGAAGAAAGACCUCGCUAGAGUAGGUGAUGCUUUGCUGUUGGCCAUCAGCAAAGGCUACAUCCGCAUAGUGGAGGCCAUACUGGCUCACCAGGCCUUUGCAGACAGUCAGAAACUCACCAACAGCCCGAGCCAGGCUGAGUCACACGACGACUUCUUUGCCUAUGACGAGGACGGCACGCGCUUCUCUCACGACAUCACUCCCAUCAUCCUGGCUUCACAGUGCAAUGAGUAUGAGAUCGUGCACAUACUUCUGAUGAAGGGUGCCCGUAUAGAGCGGCCUCAUGACUACUUCUGUCAGUGCAGAACCUGCAGCGAGCAGCAGAGGCACGACGCUUUCAGCCAUUCACAAUCCAGGAUCAAUGCAUAUAAAGGUCUGGCCAGUCCGGCGUAUCUGUCGCUCUCUAACGAGGACCCUGUGAUGGCAGCCCUCGAGCUGAGCAACGAGCUCGCUGUUCUGGCAAACAUCGAGAAGGAGUUCAAGAAUGAUUAUAUCAAACUAUCCAUGCAGUGUAAAGACUUUGUCGUCGGACUCCUGGAUUUGUGUCGAAGCACAGAGGAGGUGGAGGCCGUCUUAAACGGGGACCCUGACUCGUGUCAAAGCUAUGAAACCUUUGGCAGACAAAACCACAUCAGGUUGAAACUCGCAAUCAAGUAUGAAGUUAAAAAGUUUGUAGCACAUCCGAACUGCCAGCAGCAGCUCCUCUACAUCUGGUACGAGAACUUUUCCGGACUCCGUCAGCAGAACACAGCGGUUAAAAUCCUGCUCGUCCUCGGUGUAGCUGUCGGGCUGCCUGUCCUGGCCUUCAUGUACUGGAUAGCACCUUCGAGUAAGUUGGGGAAACUCAUGCAUGGACCUUUUCUGAAGUUUGUGGCCCAUGCUGCUUCCUUCAUGAUAUUUCUCUGCCUGCUGGUCCUUAACGCCGCCGACCGCUUCGAGGGAACGUCGCUGCUGCCCAACAUGACCGUCCACGACCACCCAUCGCAGCUGUUUCGUAUGAAGACCACCCCCUUCACCUGGAUGGAGAUUCUCAUCAUAUCUUGGGUCAUAGGGAAGAUCUGGGAGGAAUGUAAAGAUAUUUGGAAUCAGGAUAUCAGGGAGUACAUCUCAGAACCCUGGAACCUUCUCGACUUUAGUAUAUUGGCCAUAUUCAUGACGUCUUUCAUUGCCAGGUUAAUGGCGUUCUGGCACGCGUAUUCUGCCCAGUGUUAUGUUGACGAGCACUACACUGACCUGUCCAACAUGACCCUGCCCUCUGACAUACAAUACUUCCAGCUGGCUCGAAUCAACUGGAUGCCCUCAGACCCGCAGCUCAUUUCUGAAGGCCUCUAUGCCAUUGCAGUUGUGCUGAGCUUCUCUCGCAUCGCGUACAUUCUGCCGGCCAACGAGAGCUUCGGGCCUCUGCAGAUCUCUCUGGGACGGACAGUGAAAGACAUCUUUAAGUUCAUGGUGGUCUUCAUUACAGUGUUUGUGGCUUUCAUGGUGGGAAUGUUCAAUCUGUACUCGUACUACCUCGGAGCCAAGCACAACGAUGCAUUUACAACGCUCGAGGAGAGCUUCAAAACCUUAUUCUGGGCCAUCUUUGGUUUGUCAGAAGUGAAGUCAGUGGUCCUGAAUAUCGACCAUAAGUUCAUUGAGAACACUGGCUACAUUCUGUACGGGGUGUACAACAUCAUCAUGGUGAUCGUCCUGCUGAAUAUGCUCAUCGCCAUGUUCAACAGCUCCUUCCAAGAAAUACAGGACGAUGCUGAUGUCGAGUGGAAGUUUGCUCGAGCCAAACUCUGGUUCUCGUACUUUGAGCACGGCGUAACGCUGCCCGUGCCCUUCAACCUCGUACCCAACCCCAAGUCUGUCAUCUCCCUUCUGCUGGGGAUCAGAGGAUUUCUCUGUCCUGCACCUCAGGGCAAAAACAAAGAGAGUUCAAACGAUGAGAUGGAGCUUAACAAGUUGAAGCAACAGGAGGAUCUGAGUGUGGAAGCUUCAAUUUGUCCGUCUCACCACCAGCAGAUAAUGAACCGCCUCGUCAAGAGAUACAUCGUAAAAGCACAAAUGGAUAAAGACAACGACGAAGUGAAAGAAGGUGAGCUUAAAGACAUCAAGCAAGACAUCUCUAGUCUCCGAUACGAGCUGCUGGAGAGACAGAGCCACGACAUGGAGAUGCUGGCUGAGCUCAUCGGGCGAUUGGGAGACGCCAUGCGUGUUCAGCAGAAAGAAGAGUAG